AUGCGACAUCUUACGAUCAGGACAUCACCUAUGGCUAGCUCGGUGCAACCACGGACGAUCUUAACGCCCAAUGCCGAAAAUCUUUUGUGUUCACUUCUGACAUCUGUUUUACUUUCAAGAGAUCCCAAUUUAUUUCAUUUCCUUUUAUGUACUUUUCUUUGUUUGAACUCACGGCCGAACUGA